AUGAUGAAUAAUUUAGAAAUAUAAAAUGAAUAACAAUCAGAAAACAAUGAAUAUGGGGAAUUAGAAGAGGAUUCAGACUCAUUACAAAACAGAUUGCUAUUAAAUAAUAUACCUACACCAUCUCGAACAGAAUCUAAUUUUCAGACAUCGACAAAUAAAACCAUUCAAAGAAAGUCCAUUCAAUAACUAAAUCAAUUCACCAACGAGAAGUAGUUUAAAUUAGAAUCCAAAGAUUAAGAUGCUCAAUUAAAUGAUCUCGAUUUAAAGAAGUAAACACAAAUGUCAUACAAUUCUUCCAAAUCCUCCAAAACAUUAACAUCCAUGAAAAUUAGUUUACUCUAAGCUUCAUUAAUUGCUAAAGAUUAAUUGAUUCUCAACUUAUAAGAAGAAGUUAAAUUAUUAAAAAAACAGUAAACUGAAAAAGAUCAAUAAAUCACUCAACUUCAAAGGAACUAUGAAAUCAAGCUCUAGCAAAUGAAUGACAGAAUCACAGAUUUAGAAAGAAUAAUCAAAGAAAAGGACAAUGACAUUGAAUAGUUCAAAAAUGGUAAUAAUACACUAAAUCUACAGGAUUUAUCAGUAAUUACAAAUAAACAAAAUGAUCCAAAAAAACAAAAAAUAAAUGAUCUUCAACAAAAUGAUUACUAGGCGUAUAGAUAAAAUGCUGACUUAUAUCUCAACAACAAUUUUUGGUUGAUCUCAGCUGAAAAAAAACUUUAAGGCAACAAUCCAAUAUGCAAUUACUAGCCAAAAGAGAUUGUGGAUCCAAAAUAGUCUUAAUUCUAUUCAUAAUAACAAAAAAUAAUUGAUAAAUCCUAUUGGGCUAAAUAAAAUAUAGAAUCCGCUAAACAAGUCAAACACAAUUCUAACAUGUUAUUACCUAAGCUAGCUGAGAUGAGUUCUCAAAUUAAUCUACAAUAACCAAAAUAUUAUCACAACAAUCUAAGAAGUCAAAGUCUUCAACAAAAUAAUUACAAGAGCUACUCAUCGAUGUCGUAACCUUAUAUAAAUAAAGAUCUAAUACCAUAUGAUCCUGAUGACUUUUUAGCCGAUUAAGAGAUUAAAUAGAUUUUUACCAUUUAAUCACCUGUCAAGAAAGAAUCCUUGGAUUGGGAUUCAUAACCCUCAAAUAAGUACAUGAUUACUUACAACCAUAAUUUGAGUUAAGCGAAAUUGGAUUAUAAUGAUAAAGAAAUACAACCAACAUAAGGUAUCUAAUAAAUGAUUAUUUUUUGA